CGAUUUAAGCCCUACGUCAUCUACCUGCGACCCUCCCGGUAGUGUCUGGUUGGAGCCAAAAUGGCGGACAGUGUGAGUGCGGCUGCAGAAGCUGAUGUCGGUUAAUGACCGAAACGGGACCGUUAGACGCCCAGAACCCACAACCCACAACACCGAGGACACCGGAGAGCCUCUACAGGAACCGAGCCGCCCACUGGGACCAGCUGGACGGUGGAGAUGGCAGAGCGGCGGGUGGAGUGCACAUGGAAGAGACACGUCUCAGAGCAGCUGAAGCUCCGAGACAGACUGCAGAGACACGCCUUUGAGGAGAUUGUCCACCAGUAUAACCGUCUCCUGGAGAAGUCGGACCUGCAGGCCGUCCUCUCAGAGAGAUACCAGGCGGACAAGUAUGAAGUCCAGAGAGGACACGAGACCAGCCCUGCAGACUCGAGUCGCAGUGAUGUCCUGCAGCAGGAGAUGUCUCAGAUGAGGAUCAGGCAUCAGGAGGAGCUGACGGAGCUUCAUAAGAAGCGAGGAGAGCUGGCUCAGAGCGUCAUCGAACUGAACAACCAGAUACAACAGAAAGACAAGGAGAUCCAAUGGGUUUUAAUGCUGCUCUUCCUCAGCAGGCGUCGAACUGCCAACUCUUUCAGCACUUCACCGGAGAGCACCGAGGCGCCUUCAGGAGUUUGUGCAGAGGUCCGAGUGCCGUCCACAGCGCUGCACGUCUUCGAAGCCCACGAUGGCGAAGUGAACGCUGUGAGGUUCAGCCCCGGCUCCCGUCUCCUAGCAACGGGAGGGAUGGACCGCAGGGUGAAGCUGUGGGAGGUUGUCGCCGGUCGCUGUGAGCCUAAAGGAGCUCUGACCGGCAGCAACGCUGGAAUCACCAGCAUCGAGUUCGACAGCGCUGGCUCGUACCUGCUGGCCGCCUCCAACGACUUCGCCAGUCGGAUCUGGACUGUAGACGAUUACCGACUGAGGCACACCCUGACGGGUCACAGUGGGAAGGUUCUGUCGGCUCGCUUCCUAUUGGACAACGCUCGGAUCGUCUCCGGGAGCUACGACCGAACGCUCAAACUGUGGGACCUGCGCAGCAAAGUCUGUAUGAAGACGGUGUUUGCUGGCUCCAGCUGUAACGACAUCGUGUGCACAGAGCAGUGUGUGAUGAGCGGACACUUUGAUAAGAAAGUGCGGUUCUGGGACAUCAGAGCGGAGAGCAUUGUGCGAGAGCUGGAGCUGCAGGGCAGAGUGACGUCUCUGGACCUGAACCACGACCGCAGCGAGCUGCUCACCUGCUCCAGAGAUGACCUGCUGAAGAUCAUCGACCUGCGCACCAACGCCAUCCGACAGACCUUCAGUGCUCAGGGCUUCAAGUGUGGAGCUGAUUGGACCAGAGUCUCCUUCAGUCCUGACGGCAGCUACGUGGUCGGAGGCUCAGCAGACGGCGCUCUGUACGUCUGGAACGUCCUGACGGGGAAAGUGGACCGAACUCUGGACCGAAACCACAACUCUGCCAUUAACUCGGUGUCGUGGUCGCCGUCGGGAGCGUACGUCGCCAGCGUGGAGAAAGGCAGCAGGGCCAUCCUGUGGUCUGACAUGUGAUUGGCUGAGCUGAGCAGUCGGAGGCGGCUGCAGGACUCUGAUGAUGAUGAUGAUGACGAAGGACUGCUCUGUGGAGACCAGCUGCUGCUUCAGUCACAUGUUUUCUGUGUUUGGCUUCAGGAGUUUUAAUGUUGUUCGGUGUUGUUUUAACUGUGACAGAAGACGGCUGGUCGCUCUGCACCCGAUCUGAUGGUUGAUAGUUUAAUUCUCGGCUGCUGGACGGACUGCAGCUGCCUCGUUGCCGUCGUGUGUUUGCAGCAGCGUCUUCGUCGAGCUCGAGGACAUUUUCAUCCUGACAGAAGAAGAGCAGCUGAGGACGGCAGGUGAUUUAUUAACCUCCAUAUCUCACAUUACAGAACCUCCAACCUAAAGCUUCUGCAGAAACACUGUUUGACCCGAUGAUGAUGAUGAUUAAAGGGACGAGGAAGGAGAUGGUGUUUCUGUGACGUGUCUGAGUGUUGGCUGCACAGCAUCACUGUUGGAAACAGAAGAAACGCAGCAUCUGUGACGUUAUUUUACAUUAAACCUGCAUCACAGUCA